AAACGUCAGGUCCACGACCACAAGAGAAACACGUGUCCUCUGCUGCUGGUGGCAGACCAUCGCUUCUUCAAACACAUGGGCCGAGAGGAGGAGAGCACCACGCUCAACUACCUGAUCGAGCUGAUCGAUCGCGUGGACGACAUCUACAGAAACACAUCGUGGGACGAUGAGUUCAUUGGUUACGGGGUUCAGAUCCAGCAGAUCAUCAUCAAGAAGAUUCCGACCUCUGUGGAUCCAGGAAAAAGUCACUUCAACAUGAGAGGAAGUCCAGAGAAGGGCAGAGACGUGUGGGACGUCAAGAAACUGCUGGAGCAGUUCAGUGUGGACAUCGCAGAGAAGGCCUCCAACGUGUGCCUGGCGCACCUCUUCACCUACCAGGACUUCGAUGAAGGAACGCUGGGUCUCGCCUACGUCGCCCCGUCCAAACCCGAUAUCCCCGGAGGCCUCUGCUCCAAAGCGUGUCCUUCAUCGACAAACCAACAGAAAGCGAUUUACCUCAACACGGGUCUGACCAGCACUAUGAACUAUGGGAAGACCAUCCUGACGAAGGAAGCGGACCUGGUGACGACCCAUGAGCUCGGCCACAACUUCGGAGCAGAGCACGACCCCGACAACAUCCCGCACUGCGCCCCCCGAGAGGACGAGGGAGGGAAAUACGUCAUGUACCCGAUCGCUGUGAGCGGAGACCACGUCAACAACAAGGUUUUCUCAAACUGCAGCAAACGCUCCAUCGUGAAGCGUCUGAGGUCGAAGGCGUUGACGUGCUUUAGGAAGAGAAACAUUAACGUGUGUGGGAACUCUCGGGUGGAGCAGGGGGAGGAGUGUGAUCCUGGACUUCUGAACAUCAACUCAGAUCGCUGCUGCACGGCCGACUGCCGCCUCAAACCUGGAGCUCAGUGCAGUGACAGGAACAGUGCGUGCUGUAAAGACUGCAGUUUCGAGUCCGAAGGUGAAGUCUGUCAGGAGCCCAUCGACGCCACCUGCAAAGGACACUCCAAUUGCACAGGAAACAGCAGCGAGUGUCCGCCCCCAGAAAAUGCUCCGGAUAAAACCGUGUGUCUGGACAACGGCGAGUGUCUGAACGGAGAGUGCGUUCCAUUCUGUCAGGCCGUGCUGAAGCUGCAGCCCUGCGCCUGCAACGAAACCAACUCGUCCUGCAAAGUCUGCUGUCGGAGCAGCGGUGGCCUCUGCGCCCCCCACCAGGACGAGAUGGGUAACUUCCUGUUCCUGCGUAAAGGGAAACCCUGCACCGUGGGCUUCUGUGAUGGAGCGGGGAAGUGCAUGAAGCAGGUGCAGGAUGUGAUCGAGCGUCUGUGGGAUUUCAUCGAUAAACUCGACAUCAACACAUUCGGGAAGUUUCUGGCUGAUAACAUCGUGGGUUCAGUGGUGGCGUUCUCUCUGCUCUUCUGGGUCCCGUUCAGCAUCCUGGUUCACUGCGUG